GUGGUUGUUUGGAGAAGGUGGUUGCCAGUGGUACGCAUUCAUGGGCUUCCUGUUUGGUUCAGCACACAUAGGAACGCUUGCUCUUCUGGCCCUUGAUCGAUACCUGAUAGCUUGCCGGAUCAGUCUGAGAAGUAAGCUAAAUUAUCGGAGGUACUGCCAAAUGCUAGCAGCAGUAUGGGGCUAUGCUUUCUUUUGGGCUGCCAUGCCCCUUUUCGGCUGGGGUAGGUAUGGCCUGGAGCCGAGCAUUACAACUUGCACUAUCGAUUGGCAACACAACGACUCGAGCUACAAGUCCUUUCUCUUAGUGUACUUCGUCCUAGGUUUCAUGGUUCCGUUGACUAUCAUCACCGUUUGUUAUUGUGCCAUCGCACGCCGUGUACGGAAGAAUACGGCCACUCGACAAAGAGGAGUGAUACAUGAUCAAUGGAGUAAUGAGAGGUCCAUAACGUCCAUGUCAUUCGUGCUGAUCAUCGCAUUUGUGUUGGCCUGGUCUCCAUACGCUGUCCUAUGCCUGUGGACUAUCUUCGCCCCUCCAGAAACCGUCCCACCCAUUCUGACUUUAAUUCCGCCUUUAUUUGCCAAAGCAUCGACAGUCUUCAAUCCUUUCAUUUACUUCCUGUCCAAUCCACGAUUGCGGAAAGGGAUUCUUGCCACCCUCCUCUGCUGCAGGGAGGCCGACAUCGAGAGCAUCGAAAUGCCAGACUCUCCGGCACCUGCAAACGUAGAGGGUUGAUCAUGUUUUUCUACAAUAUGCCAUUUACAAUAUACUUUCGAUUACCCAAAGGUUAAUAUUGGGAAAGGAAGUCUCAGAUAAUUUUUUUAAAAAAUGUACUUAUCUGUUUUUCAGUAUUAUUUUUUAAAUGAAUAUGUUUUUAAAAAAAAAUAGUGUACGGUUUAUUGUGAAAGUGUGCCAAAUUGGCUACCAGCUUUAACCUUUUCCCCUGGGUUGUGACAACAGUUGUCACAUCGGUAGUUUGGGUCCUCUGAGGGGCUUGUGAUACUUUCAGCCUAAGAAUGGGGGGAAGAAAUCUUUUUCCACCUUUGAAAUUGGUAUGUGGAACGUUUUUAUUUUCUCUCUUUUUUUUUUCCUUUUAAUUUUUAAACGGAAUCUAAUGUAGCAACCGAUGUAGAUUUCCCGCGCGCUUCUCAAGUUAUGCCCUGGGUGAAAACGAGACGGAAAAAAGGAAAAGCGGUAGUAAAACUUUUUCAGUUUUAAAUUAUUUUCGGGAGGAGUAAAUCUAUUCUCUUCUUCAACAAUAUCUACUUUUUCUCAAAAAAGAAGCAGUUUUAUACAUAUACUUUAAUUAUUAAAAAAAAAAAUUCUCGAUAGUUACAGAAAUUUAAUGUUGCUCGAAAAAGAAUGCUAGAAUGGAAUUCCUUUCCUGUCAUAUUUUGCUCUUUUCCGUCUUUAUAGGCUUUCAGCCCUGAAUUAUGCAAAAGCGCGGGAAACCUCUUCCGGUGACCCUCCUAUUAUUUCCAACUGCCGGGGUCUAAGAGUUUACAAACAGAAACGGUUGGAAAAAAAAGAAAAAAAAACAGUGGGAGAAUAAAAUUGUUUAACACUCGUCCGCUAUAGUUUGUCUAAAAUAAGAAUUCCCCCUGACAUUCGUCUGGACCCGUGGCCGUGACUAUGGUAACGGGGUAUGGCUAUUUCAAGUAGGGGUGCGAGGUCACUGUUUUGGAGUGGUUUCGGUUCGGGACGGCGAGAGAAAGGGAAUCUCUUCGGUCUUUUGUGUUAGUGAUAGAAUGAAGCUACCCUCCCUAAAAGGCGCCAUUCUUGUUUCCAUCGCACCAGACGGUUUCAGAUUUUGUGGCGGUAGGAUUUCUUAGCUUAGAUAAACUAUACUACGACCAGCAGUUCCCUGUCAUAUUUCACUCCCCCAGUUUUAAAAAGAGGCUCUCAGAAGACCUCGAUGUCCUCUUUUUGAGCCCACGUGAAAAGGUUAAGGCUGUCUACCAUACCUCAAAUCAUGAUAUUUUUAUAACUAUCCAAAGAAAAUUGAAAGAUUAAUUAAUCUUUUUUUUCAAUUUGGUUUUAAAGGUUAAUUUAUCCCCAGCGUCAAUGUUGAUUAAAAAAAUAGCUCUAAAUGUCAAGCCAUAUUUGUUUUAAAUAAAGAGGCAUUGUGAACUAACUUUUCAAUUUAUGAUCAUUUUUAAAAAAAAAGUUCUAAUUCGUAAAAUCUUGCCUAGUUGGUCAUUUUUUAAAUAAAGGCUUAAGACUCUUUUUUUUAAGCUUUUUAAAUAUGUAUCCUUUUAAGUCAGCUUUUUGUGUGAUAGUAUACAGUGCCUGAAUUAUCUUCAGCAUUGUGUGAUAGUAUUGGUCCUCAACAUUGGGGCCCCAAAAGUUUCUGAGGACUUCCUAAAUUUUACAAAUUUUUUUUUUUUUUUUUGUGUUUUUCCUUAAGAAUUUUCUCUAUUAGAGUUAUGAGUUAACAAAAAUUUAAAUAAAUAGAAGCUCAAAUUUACAAAUAUAUCGUAAUUUAUUUGAGGUAUAAAUCGUUUAAAAACACUUUAUAAUUAAGCAGCAUAUAAAUUUAGUUUAAAUUAACAACCAGGGGGCUCCUGGUAGUUCUGUGUCAAGGGCCCCUCCCCUAUUAUUAUGUAAAAUUAGAUUUUAGUUUGCAAACAAAGGUAUCAUGCUAUACUUUCAGUUUGAACCUUAACUCCGUUAAUCCACACACCGGAAGGAUAAUCGAAAGUAUACUGUACUGUUAUUUUAAACUAGUAAUGGACUGCUUUUAUAGUAUAUGUGCCUGUCUGAAAUGUUGUUUUCUUGUGUGUAAUAUUUUAUUCGUAUUGAUGUGACAAAUUAUAAUGAGCUUGUGUAUUUGUGGGUGAAAAUAAUGUCAAAUGUGAAUUACAAGUGUGUCAUCUAAAAGUUUCACUUGUUAAAUUUUCAUGAAUAAUAUUUAAUUAUCAUGGAGGGGACACAUUUCCUUAAGGAAAUUUUUUUUCCGUUUAGAACUAAAUUAGUUUAAUUAUUCUAUCUUUAUACUUAUUCAAUUUCAAUGUUUCAAAAUAUUUAUGAGAAUCAUUCUGCAACUGUUGAAAUUUAUUUAAGGUGAAGAUCUAUCAGUUAUGUGUUUAUGGGUGAAUUAACAUUAUUUACGAGCCAUCCUAAAGAAAUAAAAAUUGAUAGAAAUAAAAAUUGACUGUUCGCUACGGUCUGCACAAAAAUUUAUGAUCGAACAAUUCCAUAAUUGGUUACAAAACGCAUCAACAGAUUGCUCUGACGACUGAAAAAUUUUCGAAAAAAUAUUUUCUGCUGCUUGUUAAACCAUUCUAACUGAGUUGCACGUGCAACUGUUCACUUAAAUUUUCCACACAUUGUUCCUACAAAUUGUUGUUAUUUUGAAAGCAUUGUUAUUAUUAUUUUUUCAGCUUGGAGCUCCCAUCUAUUGACAAUCUAUAUUUCUUGUAACCAUCUGUGAAACUUGACGAAAACUAAACAGUACAUUUAUAUGUGUCCUACAGAUUUUUUUUUUCUUUACCCAUUGACAAAAUGGGUCUUGGUUGACGGCGUCUACACAAUUUUCAACUGUGUUCAAGAGUAAUACGUAAGUAGUGCGCAUGCGUCUCCAUUUCGUGUGUUGCUAUGGCCACCGCUGCUGUUUUGCCCAAUGGGUAACCAGUGAUCGUAAUAAGGCUAUCACAACUUUUUUGCUGAUUUUGUUUGUCAUAUUUUCGUUUGAGAUGAUAAUUGUAUACCACUAUGGUUUGGCUACAAAAUGAAUUUCAAAAUAUAAUUUAUGCGCCAAAUAUAUUGCAACAUAAAAUUUAAUAUGAGAAUAUUCUUUUUUAAUUUUUUUUUUUUAUCCGUGGAAUUUUUUGGUACAUGCUCGGUAUUUACUUAGUACCUUAAUUCAAUCAAAUAUUAAAGCAUUUAUUAUAAUAAAAUAAUUAAGUAUUGCAAUACAUCAAAUAUUAAGUAUUAAUUGCUGACAUUGAAUUCUUGAAAACAAAUAUUUUUAUAAAUAGAUCCUCCAGUUUCAGAAUCAUGUCUUUGAAGGUCAAAAAGGAAGGGAAACUUGCUUUUGAUCAUCGCUAAUCAUGUUCGAUUCCUGGUUAUUUAGCAUGUGCUGUAAUCCGAAUCACUUCAAUUACAUUAAUGUGAUAAAAUAUCCGCUGCUGUAGAUUAGAAUUUCCCUUCUGUUGAGCUAACCGUAAGAGAUUCUCGAAUCUCUACAAAGUCAAGUUUGAUUCGUUAUUUAGCUCAAGAAAUCCUACGUCUUCUGGGUCGGACUCAAAACUAGUAUUAUACACGGGAACAUUGAAAAUUAACCGUCAUUGUAGUGCUUAUUCACUGCUGCCGAUAAAAUUUAAAAAAAAUUGACUACUACAUUACUCUAUAAUUCCAUUCUCAGAACAUUUAUGUCGGUAAAUGUAAUAUUUUUUUAACUGCCUCAAUAUUUUUCGUUUGAAAUUAUCGAGUGAAGAAUUACAAUAAAUAAAUAAAGACGGUUUGUUUUUUAAUUUCUUAAACGAUAGUAUGUUUUUAGUUUUAAUAAAAUAGUUUUUAGAUUUCUGUAUCUCCUCGGAUCUUUUUUGUUGUGUGUAUUUUACAUUGUCGUACGAUUUUGAAAGGAUUGAAUAGUGGUCAAGAAGAUUUCGUUUUUUCUAUAAAAAAAAAUUUACUAUACGCGAUUGUUGUCAAAUCACGCUGUACAAAAAAUCUCGAGCUUGAAAUUACCGUCUUCCGAAAACCAUUUAAAUAUUCGUUUAGAGAUAUCUUUUGGCAUAUUUCUCUGACAAAAUACAAAUGGAAAAAAGUCUUAAAGUUAAAUGCACACUUUUCUUUCAAAGAAAGGGUUCGUAAAAAGAAAACGUAUAUAUUAUUGCCUUUUGAAGGAAUUAGCAUUUUUGUUCUUGUCCACAGACGUGACAAAUGGCUCUGGCUUUCAAUUUGAAAUUUUAUAAUAUAAUUUUUUGUUUUAAAUCCAGUAGUUAUACGUAUUCAAUCGAAAGAGUUUUUUAUUGAGAUCAUUUAAAUUUUUUUGUUUUUUUUUAUUAAUUAAUUGUGAGACUGGGGAAUAGUGAUGAGUGACUGUCCACAGAUAUGAUAUGUCACAUAUGUUAACAAGUUCUGAACAAUAAAUGAAAUAUAUAUUUCGAAAUUUACUUUUCUUUAAAUUUCGUUAAGGUCCACAGUCCAUUUUCAUUAAUUUUAAAAUUUUCCAUUGUUAUUAUAAAUAAAGCAAGGGACAGAAUUUCCUGCAUUUGCUGAGAAAAGACAUGUGUAUAAGACGCAUCAGCGAUCGGAAAAAAAAUUACAAUAGAUAUUUCUUUUUCACCUAAAGAUUCGAUAUAUUGUUGCAUUACGAGCGCCAUUUCUUUUUUUUAACUCAUUCUACUGUAAGUGUCUUAUAAAUUCCAGAUGCAAUCUCUCUUUACUGGAAGAAAAAAAAAAAACUUAUUUUAUUGCUCUGAAGCUUUUUUCUUUAUUCCUGAGCCCUCAAUCAGAUUGCAGGAUUUAAACUGCAUUUACAUCAGCAAUGCUUAAUAUUUUCUUUAAAUUAAUUUCUAAUACUACUUUGUUCAUAUUUCUUCAGAUCGAUAAAAGAUAGAUAUAAUUUUGUUUAGGGAAUUUUUGUCGAUGGUUUUUAAAUCUAUAUGAAAUCUCCGGUGGAAAAUCGGCUUAGGUCCAUAAAAGUUUAUACGGAGAAAAAAAGUAAUUUAACGAGCGAACUGAAAGAGCUUUUUAGCACGGCCCAUUAUCACUGUGUAAUAACUCUUAGAGAGAACUGUUAUUGAUUUGUCAAAACUUAGUAAUCCUCAAAAAGCAACUAAUGGUGUUCCAAUCUUCUUUCAGAAAAAGUGACCGUUUAUCUCCCUCAGUCUUCAUAUGUUUUCAUUAAUAUGCGAUCGGGAAAAAAAAGAUUGAGAAUGUAUUUUAUGGGCUAAAAUUUUGAAAUUUCUCGUGAGUGUAAAAACGACGAAUGUAUUUUUCCCAUCUGAAACGAAUGAUACCAAACUCGAGAAAUUUUGUGAUAUUUUUAAUAAGAUCUUGUGUUAAGGUGCAACCACAUUUUUUUCUUCUUGUCUUCCUGUUAACAGCCUUAGUCUCGAGGAUGAAAAAUCUCUUACUUGACGAUUAAAAUUAGUUCACAUUAGAAUUGAAUUAAUUAAUCUUUUAUUAUUAAAUGUAAUUUUUUUUCUGUAUUUAUAACCAUUAUUUUCAUUCAUAAAAACAUGAUUUGUUGAAAUGCUUACGGUUUUAAUCUAAGAAACUCGUUGCUUUUCAGAACAUUAGAAUAGAAAAGGGUAACCAUUUUGUCGCAUUAUUAGUUUAUGGACUACAAAAUACUAUGAACAUAGCGUGUUAAAAAUAUGUGUAAUCUUUCUACAUUUUGUAAUGAAUUGAAAUGUUGAUGUUUAUAUAUAUUUCAUGUUGAAUCGAUACAUAUUUAUAUGUGAUGUUAUUAUUUAAAAUAAGGAAAUGUCUAAUCAAAGUUUUCAUGGUGGUGGUUUUAAUAAAAUAUUUAAACCUA